UAAAAUUACGCCGUUGCGAAAACAGUUCCUACCUUCCGGUGGUGCCCGGUCGGCGGCGGCGCGGCUCGCACUGUAUUUACUCAAGUUACGCUUCAGCGUUGAAUGUUUACUAAGUUGUAACCAAAGGAUUAAUUACUUCCAGUGUUGUCUGCCUUUCCACUGCGUAAUCUCCUACACAAUCAUAUUUGUUCAUCCUGUUCGUUUCGCUCAUCCCCUCAGAUCUCUCUCAAUCCGUCACAUGCCGAUAUUAGCUAUUCUCUUUCAAGACAUUAUGCACGGCCAGCAAUAUGCUCCCCUUGAAAUCUUUUCGAAAACAAAUCGGACUGAUGUGAUUUUUAAGCAUUACGGCAAGAACAAGUCACGAGUCAGUUAACAAAAAAUGCUAAACAAAUAAACGAGCUGGAGUGAUAGUGUGGUGUGCCGGACGAAGUCAAUGCGUAGAUAUUUUUCCAGCUGCCCGACGCCAGAAUUCGUGAUUGGUGCAAGCUCUACAUCCACUAGAACGCAAAUUUUGAAUCGUAUUCAUAAAAACAAAAAAAACUUGGCCUGUUGCAGUCGAAUAGUCGCGAAAAUAGUAAGGGGGAAGGGAAGUGACUUCGUUGCGAUUCCAGAAUACCUCGUUCACUUAUUGCUAGUUAGUUGGAGGAUCAGGUCGCGUGUGCAAUUUGAAGCAGUAACAUUAACCGUUAAUGAUUACCACUUUAUUUAUCAAUAUCGAGCAUAUUCGUAAUUAUUCGUGAUUUUGAUUGCGUCGGUGCAACACGCGUUCAUUUCUCUUUUUUUUAAUUUUUGUUCAGAAUUGAAACAAUAGGUUAAAAUGGCGGACGGGUGUCGACCACGAGGCAGCGUUGAAAAAGAUGGACGGGACCAGCAAGCUGGACAAGGUGAUGUCCAUUGUGAGGAACCAGCACAGCCAUCAUCUACUGUACCCAAUGAUCAUGCAUGCGCUAUUACUCAACCGCAUGUUGAGACAAUGGAAUGGGAAACCCAUCCGGUGGUCAAGAAUGAAUCAGGUGUACCACCACCUGAAGUGGUAGGUACAUCAGACUCGGGCAACGUGACCACAAACUCCGAACUUGGUGGUGUGAAAAAAGGCAGAGGGAGAAGGUCACGUAGGCGUAGAUGCAGGGGCGGUAGAUCCAAAAGUACUGAACAUGAAUUAUCAAGACAGCCUUUGGAUGAGAAUGGCGCUGAGUGGCGCGUGAAUGAGUCUGAAAUACCAGCAACCCCACCGGCGACACCUGCUGAAACCCCAAUCGUCAAGGAAACAUCGCCUGAGCAUGAUGAAGAAUCAUCUAUUGCCGAGGCACUUGACGAUUUCACUAAUAAUAAUACCGAGGCUGGAGAUAAUUCCCACCUGAUGUAUGUAGACUUGUACACCGAGGAUGAAUUCAUCGUUGCUCUGGUGGAUGCGGAAAAAGAUGAUUCCGAGGUGGUUGUAGCUAAUAAUUUGGAAAAGGCUGCAUUGAUUGCGUCGGAUGUAAACGCAGAACAUGUAAUAGUGGCGAAUGUGCCUCCUGCCAAAGAGGACGCGGCCAUUGCUUUACCCGAGAAUGGUGGGAGAUGUUAUUAUGAAAGGUACCCACCGGUGUACCGUGACAUAUACACCGAGCAUCCUUAUGUGGCGAACAUGUCUGCCACUGAGGUGAUCAGCUUUCGGCGAAGUAACAACAUUCACGUGAUCAUACCUGAAGGCAUACCACCAACAACUGAAGCUGUGCAUAUCCCGAAUCCCAUCCCAAGAUUCAAAUAUGCUUUUGCCAAUUUUCCCGAUAUACGUCUUGUGUUGAGGAAGACAGGGUAUGCAAGACCGCUUGCUUUGCAGUCACAAGCAUGGCCCUUGAUGCUUCGUGGCCAAGAUGUGAUUACCAUUAGUGAUUCUGGAUCAGGGAAGACCCUUGCUGUUAUUCUUCCGGCUUACGCGCAUAUUUUACGUCAUCCGGAACUGAAUACGCGUCCAGGUGCACAUGUGCUUAUCAUGACCGCUACCAAGGAACUUGCUGAUCAACUUCUUGCUUUCGUUGUAAAAUUUAAGCUACCAAACAUUAACGCGGUUGCAAUUUACGGUGAAGGUGACCGUAUGCAACAAAUUCGGGAUGUUAAGAGAGGUUGCAAGAUUCUCAUCGGUACCCCGGAUAGAUUGGAUGAUCUUAUCGAAGCCCAGUACAUCGAUAUCUCCGAAGUGUCCUUCGUGGUACUCUACAAGGUCGAUAGCAUGUUGAACGCUGGUUUUGACACAGUCAUCCGUAAUACCAUGUCCAAACUCCGUUCAGAUCGUCAAAUCAUCAUGACCAGCUGCUUUUGGCCUGAGAACCUGCGUCAGUUAGCUGCUAGUUGCAUGAGGAACCCUGUCCAGGUAGUCAUCGGCGUGGACUUCGCAGCAGUCGCUCCUGUGACUCAAGCCUUUGUCUUCUUCCACCAUCAUGACAUGGAGGAUAAAUUCUUGGUCCUGCUGAGAUGCAUCAGGGACUUGAAGUCCCAGCGCCCUGAUCUACGCAUGAUUGUAUUCACUAACUCACCGCAAUGCUCCAAUCAUAUCUCUUCUGAACUGUUGGUGAACUACGUAAGCGCGGUACGUAUUCUAGAGGAUAACGAGGUGACUGAACAGGUGCAGCAUGUGGCCUCAGCGUCCAUCAACAGUGGUGAGGUGCCGGUUAUUCUGGCAACCGACGCCGCCGUGCGUGGGCUGGAGAUACCCGGGAUAACGCAUGUGAUUAACUUUGAUUUUCCGGUGCAUAUCGAUGACUACGAGAAUCGUAUCAGGUAUGCUUGCAGGCCGGGGGCUGGGGGUACCGCCAUCACGUUCUACACCUAUAAGGAAGCCAAACACGCUAAGGGUCUGAUUCAGAUUCUUGAGAAACACAGACAAACCAUACCAUAUGAAAUACGCCAAUUUGAGGCCGAGCAUGAGGUUUAUAGGAAGCGUCGUCGUGGUCGUCGUUACUUGCGCCAUGGAGAUCCCUAAUUUUUAAAAUGUUCAAGACUUUUUUUAACUUUUCAUUCCAUUUGUAGCAUGUAGACUUUAUAACUUUUUUAAUUUUAAUUUUUUUGUGCAAUCAUUUGCAAUACUUACGAUUUUUUUAAGAAAACGCGAGAGAAUUAUUAUUAUUAUUAAUAAGUAAGUAGUUUUAGUAAUAUUUUGUUCAUGGGACUGUUUAUAUCGUUAU